CUGUCUCUCCUUGCCCAGCAGAUUAUCAGAGCGAGUAUUACGGCCCUGGGAGCAAUUACGAUUUCUUCCCGCAAGGACCUCCGUCGUCUCAAGCGCAGACGCCCGUGGAUCUCCCUUUCGUGCCCUCCUCGGGGCCGUCAGGCACGCCCCUGGGGGCCAUGGAUCACCCCCUGCCCGGACAUCACCCCCCCAGCGAGGCCCAGCGCUUCACUGACAUCAUGUCGCACCCCGCCGGGGACUCGCCCAGCCCCGAGCCCAGCCUGCCCGGGCCCCUGCACUCCAUGUCCGCCGAGGUUUUCGGGCCCAGCCCUCCAUUUUCGUCGAUAUCCGUCAACGGUGGUGCUAACUACGGCAAUCACUUGUCCCACCCGCCAGAAAUGAACGAAGCGGCUGUGUGGUAGCUUUACAACGAACUGGGUCUAAGUAAGUGACGGUCAUCUAGUCUGCGCGUUGUUACGGUGUACAGAAACGAAUAAAUAGAACAUCUCUCCUGCCCUAAGACAAUAUUCCCUUGGGAACGAACUGACUCCAAAUCGCUCCAAGGCAAGCUUUGCUCUAGACCGGGACAAUCUUCAUGUUACGGUUGUAUCAGACAAGCAAGGGGACUUUUUUUUUUUUGGUACCAUUGACAAAGAAACUGGUGAAGCUGUAC